UUCCAUGUGAAGGUAGGUUAAAUUCAAGAGGCAAAGCAAUUCUACCAAAGUGUAUGAAACCCUUUUUCUAAACUAUACUAAAAGAAACCUCAUCAAGUAGAAAAAACCCUUUGUUUUUUUUCCAUUAGAAAAAAAAUCUUUUUGAUAACCUUGCUCCAGACCCAUUAUAACAGGAGUAGCAAUCAGCAAGAAGAAUCUACGGCAGUAAUGGCACAUAUGACACCUGUUCGCCACCGCUUCCAAACUACUAUGACCACUCAUAUCUAUUCUUCUUUCACCACCACCACCACCCCUAGAAGCAAAGUACCGAUUAUCUACAAAAGUCCAUAUAUCAAAGAAGAUACCCACAGUGAUGCUGUGACUCUCCAAAUCCUCUCAUGGGGCAGAGGUGCAUCAGGCCAACUAGGCGGCGGCAUUGAAGAAAUCAGAAUGUACCCAGCCCCAGUUGGCAAUAUCGUUCUUCCACCUCACUCCUUUUCUCUUCCUCCAGCCCCAGGCCAACUUCUUACUCAAGAGCUAGAGACUCCACAUUCCGUUGGCAUUGGUUGUGGGCUGUUCCAUUCUGGGUUGGUUGUGGACAGGAGACUGUGGAUGUGGGGGAAGGGGGAUGGUGGUCGUCUGGGUUUUGGCAAUGAGAAUCCUGUGUUUCUGCCCACUCUAAACACUUACUUAGAUUCUGUUCACUCUAUUGCUCUUGGUGGCCUCCAUUCUGUGGCACUUACCUCGCUUGGACAGGUGCUCACUUGGGGCUAUGGUGGUUUUGGUGCACUUGGACAUUCUGUUUAUCACCGAGAACUUGUCCCAAGAUUAGUAGAAGGCCGUUGGGUUGGGAAAAUAAAACACAUUGCAACUAGUGGGACACAUACUGCUGCCAUCACUGAAUCAGGAGAAAUUUACACUUGGGGCCGAGAUGAAGGGGAUGGUAGAUUGGGCCUUGGUCCUGAACGGGGUCCAAAUGAGGGAGGUGGACUUAGCAUUCCUUCCAAAGUUAAAGUAUUGCCUGUUCCAGUUGCUGCAGUUUGCUGUGGUGGCUUUUUCACAAUGGCAUUGACUGAGGGGGGGCAACUUUGGAACUGGGGAGCGAACUCCAACUAUGAGCUCGGCAGAGGUGAUAAGAUUGGUGGCUGGAAACCAAAACCAAUUCCCAGCUUAGAAGAUGUUCGUAUUAUCCAGAUAGCAAGUGGUGGAUAUCAUUCUCUUGCAUUGACAGAUGAAGGUAAAGUACUUUCAUGGGGCCAUGGAGGACAAGGUCAGUUGGGUCAUUCUUCUAUUCAAAAUCAGAAGACACCUGUAAUGAUUGAAGCUUUAGCUGAUAAGCGCGUUGUCUACAUUGCUUGUGGAGGUUCAUCUUCGGCAGCUGUUACCGAUGAAGGGAAGUUGUAUAUGUGGGGGAAUGCAAAAGAUUCUCAACUUGGAGUUCCUGGCCUGCCAGAGAUACAACCACGACCUGUUGAAGUUAACUUUCUGAUGGAAGACGAUGAGCUAGGAUCCCACAAUGUGCUGUCUGUUGCUGUUGGAGCAUCACAUGCCAUGUGUUUGGUUUUAAGGUCUAGUUAAAGAGGGUAAGAAAAUUGGAAGAUUUUCUUUACAUACAAAUUUCAGGAAAUAGGAAUGAGCAUUUUGGAGGAUGAGGCAUUUUGGACGGAUCUGAAUACUUUGAGGCCCAACUCAUUCCAGAACCUAAUGAUCUGGAGAUAGAUGUGGAUCUCUGUUUCCUAGAGGUUGUUACCUCUUCCAGUUGUAAGAAAUAAGGGCAUAAUCUGAUCUUUGCUUCCAACAGGCUAGCCUAUCAGGUUUGGGUUUUAUUUUGAAAAUUACCAAUGCUCAAACCUGCUGCUACAACUGACGAGUCCUUGAGAAGGUUUUUAUUUUAUUUUUAUUUUUAUUUUUGGUUCUACAACGAUUUGAAUGUCUACGACUGACCUUGAGGUGGGCUUAGGCUCUCAUACCGUGCAAUAAUGAUGUUUUUUUGGGUCACUUCACUUAAAUGGCAUCCUUCAUAUGCACAAGUUUUGCCCGUACUGUCUUUUGAUAUAUUUUUUGUGACAAAUGUAUAAUUGAUCCUUCAAUGCUGUCGUGAUCACUUGUGAUUUGUUGCUCAUAUAGAAACCGGAUGAUAUGAAGAUGGAUGAUAGGCUUUAGUGAAAAUGGAAUUUUUUUUCUCCCUUCUUCUCUACGAAAAUCUGUGUGGCGCUUGAAUCAGUUGAGGAAGAUUGUCCGGGAGAUCUCUGGGGAAGAAAGCCGAUCAAUUUAAGAGGAUCUAGACAUGUCGGCGCUUUUCAAUUUCCAUUCAUUUCUAACGGUUGUGUUAUUGGGGAUUUGUACUUGCACUUUUUUGAAGAUGCAAUUCCCGGCAAUCCUAGAGCAGAGAACUGGGUUUCGUGGUUUCUUUUGGAAGGCAGCCAGAAUAGGUGAACGUUUGAGCCCGUGGGUGGCCAUGGGUUGCUUCUCAAUGGGUAUUUCAAUACUCUUUUUCUGAUCACUAAUCAUUUUUUUCAUAUUCAGAAGUGAGUUCCAUCUCUUUUCCAUACUUUGACAGAAUUCAAUAUCAGUGAGGGUUUGUGUUAUAGAAAGUGUGUUGAUAAGAACUGCUUCAAGAAUCACUAGAAAUACUUAUUUUGAAAAUCACGCAAACUCUUAUUUUGAAUUCUGAUUAAUGGCAAUCAUUGUGAUGGAUGGAUAAUUAACAUGUGCCAAAUCAGAUUCCUUGAUCUUAUCAUAUUGAAUCUUUCCCUCCUUCCCUUCAAUAUUUGUUGAAAUUUGUUGGAUUAGAUGCUGGGAUUCUUUUUUA